ACCUGUUUUUGAUUGUGUUUUCAUCCAUGACAACCUGUAUCAUAUAUUACGGUAGCCUAAAUUUGCAGCAAUGAGUUGGUCACGAAAAACGUCUUGGGUUUCACUCCCAAGGUGCCUUUUCUGUGUGUACUGUGUCUGUCAUACUGUACAAUCUCUUGUGAAAUCUUAUGAUUUUUAUGAUCGGUCUCUGUAUACAGCAUUCAUAAAGCUAAAGUGUUUUUAUUUAAACAGGAUGCUGUUAUGUGUUUGCACCUUUCUUCAGGAUUCUUCUCUGCCUCUGCAUACUUCGGCAGAGAAUACUACUACAUGAGCAUGAAAAUGAAGUGGACUGAAGCUCAACGUUACUGCAGGGAGCGUUUCACUGACUUGGCCACCGUUGAAAACGACUACGACAACCAGAGACUUCUGACACUUGCUCAGGAUGGUAAAGCGAACGGUUCUAUAUGGAUAGGUCUUCGUGAUGACAACACCAUUUGGAAGUGGUCUAUGGAGGGGAAGGAUUUUGAGUUUGCCACCGUUGCUAAAUUUCUAACCUGGCAGUCAGGUCAGCCAAACAACAAAUACGGAAACCAGUUCUGCGUAGUCUUGUAUACAUCACAAAAAAUCAAUGAUUUGGCCUGUGGAGAACUUCAUCCCUUCAUCUGUUAUAAAGACAACAGUACCAGGAAUUACAUCUUAGUGAAGCAGAAGCUCACCUGGCCAGAGGCUCAGGCGUACUGCAGGGAACACUACAGAGACCUGGUCAGCAUACACAGCCAAGACGAGAAUAACAACAUCCUGAGCAAUUUGACAGCAUCAGGGCUUGCAAAUGCAUGGAUUGGCCUUUACAGAGACCCCUGGGCCUUCUGGUCUGACAAAAGCACCUCCACGUUCAGAAACUGGAGCCCCGGCAAGCCUGACAACAUGCUUUACAAAGAGUACUGUGCAUCGUUCAUUGCCCUCUCUGGGAAAUGGGAAGAUGAUAAAUGUGAAGGGAGUGUACCUUUCUUCUGUUUUAAAGGGGUGACGAGUCUAACUGUACUGAAGCUCAAGCUCAAGUCAGUGGCUCUACUGCUCAGUCCCGACCUUCAGCAGCUGCUGUUACAGCAGUUGCAGACCCGCAUCGCAUCAAGUGGGUUCACAAACAGUGUACUCUGGAGAAGUGUCCAGCGUUACCACAGCAGGAAAGUUGAUGUGGAGUGCUAACUCCAGAAGAAGUGGGACUGGAUUUAACUGAUUAAUAUGGAAAUCACAUUACAUGCUGUGCUGAGCUGUCCUAUCCUUCAAGUCCCCUUCUACGUCUGAAUCACAAACGCGUUUAAGACAAUGUCUCCAUUUUUAGCAAAAUCUACUGCACUCACAUUCUGUAUUUGCAUAAAACAAUUGAUAACGUUGAGCGUGAACGUUUCCUCCUUGACCUUGGCCAGAGGAGUGUGGAAAAAAAAAAUGCUUCCAAGCCUUUUUUCUGCAGAAUUUCACAUUU